GCAUUGUCCCCUGCCCUGGCCAGUGACCACUGCUAAACCAGACAGGCAAGAGGCAGCUGUGGUGAGGCAAGCAGCAGGGAGUGCAGGACCAUGGCAACCUACGUGCAGCUAAACACCGGUGCCAAGAUGCCCCUGGUGGGGCUGGGCACCUGGAAGUCCCCAGCUGGGCAAGUGAAAGCUGCGGUGAUGGCUGCCAUCGAUGCCGGCUACCGCCAUUUCGACUGUGCCUACGCAUACAUGAAUGAGACUGAGAUUGGGGAAGGGAUCCAGCAGAAAAUCAAGGAGGGAGUGGUGAAACGGGAGGAUCUCUUUGUUGUCAGCAAGCUGUGGUGCACCUUUCAUGAGAAGCCUCUGGUGAAGGGAGCCUGCCAGAAGACUCUUGCCAAGCUGAAACUGGAUUACCUGGAUCUCUACAUCAUCCACUGGCCUUUUGGCUUCAAGGCUGGAGAGGAAUUGUUUCCCAAAGAUGACAAAGGCAUGGCCAUACCCAGCAACAGUGAUCUUCUGCAGACGUGGGAGGCCAUGGAGGAGCUGGUGGACUGCGGACUGGUAAAAGCCAUUGGAUUCUCCAACUUCAACCAUGAGCAGAUUGAAAGGAUCUUGAACAAGCCAGGACUGAAGCACAAGCCUGCAAAUGUCCAGAUUGAAUCUCAUCCAUACCUCACCCAGGAGAAGCUGAUCAAGUACUGUCAGUCCAAAGGGCUGGCUGUGACUGCAUACUGUCCCCUUGGCUCUCCUGACAGACCAUGGGCUAAGGCCGGGGAUCCUUCCCUUCUGGAUGACCCCAAGAUCAAAGAGAUUGCAGCCAAGUACAACAAAACCCCAGCACAGGUUCUCCUUCGCUUCCAGAUCCAGAGAAAUGUGAUUGUGAUUCCCAAAUCUGUCACCCCCCAGCGCAUUGUGGAGAACUUCCAGGUGUUUGACUUUGAACUGACUAAAGAGGAGAUGGCAACUCUUCUGACCUUCAACAGAAACUGGAGGAUCUGUGAAAUGAACGUGUCCAAAAAUCUCAAGGAAUACCCUUUCCAUGCAGAAUACUGAAAGUGCCUGUAGCAUGCCUUCACCAGACCUCUGGUGUCUCAUUUGCCUCUGCUCUAACUUUAUCAAUUCCUCUUAUUGCAUUCUGUCCUGGUGCUGCCAGUGAAGACAUGGGAUAUUUAUCCCAUGAAAUUUGGUUUUUGUGGUAGAAAGAAAGAGAAUUUUCUACAGCACCACCAUUCAGUGAUUGCCUUCAGUCUCAAAUCAGCAGAAACCAGGCGUUGACAAACCCCAAAACAGACCCCACAGGUCCACGUUUUCAUCAGAGGUGUCCUAUAUUUAAAAUAAAAUUCACUUUA